AUGGCUAGCAUCAUUGCACAUGUGGAAACCCUGCGGCAGAAUGCACCCUUGCGGCCUUGGGCCCAUUCCAUGUUGAGAUCUUUGGGGAGGAGUCUGGGUCCUUUAAUGGUCAGUAUAGCAGAGAGAAACAUGAAGUUGUUCUUGGGGAGGGCAGUGCCAACCCGAGGGGAAGAAACCUUUGAAAAAUGGCUGAUUGAAUCCAAGGGGGUCCUGCCAGAUUGGAAUAUGUCUGAGGAGGAAACGCUCAAGUGCUUAAUGAAAACUCUAAGAGGCCCUGCCCCGGAGGUCAUGUGUUUGCUUCAGUCCGCCAACCCCAAUCUCCUCCUAUGUGUCGCAGAUUUCUUGCGAGCAGUGAAGCUGGUGUUUGGGGAGUCUGAAAGCAGUGUGACUGCUAAUGGUAAAUUCUUUAACACCCUGAAAGCACAAGGAGAGAAAGCCUCUCUUUAUGUGGUCCAUUUAGAAAUGCAGCUCUAGAAUGCAAUUCAGGCCAGCAUCCUAGCUGAGAAAGAUGCAAACCAAACUGGUCUCCAACAGUUCCUUUUAGAGGCUGAGCUGAAUGGGGACCUGUGCCUCUGUCUCAAGCAUCUUCUCAGGGUGUAUGCAAAUGAGCAGGAGCAACUUCCCAAUUUCCUGGAGUUAAUCAAGAUGAUAAGGCAGGAAGAGGAUUGGGAUGACAAUUUUAUUGAAUGGAAGCAGCCCAAAAGGUGUGAUCCAAUAAUGAAGAGGGCAGCCAGCCCUGUGGCAUUUCAGGGCCCCCAGCCAAUAUUGAUCGGCAGUUGCUAUUGCAAUGUGACAGAGAUAGAUGAUACCGUGGUUGACUCAGAUGAGGAUGUGAUUCUGGUGGAGUCUCAGGACCCUUCACUGACAUCCACGGGUGCCCUCAAUCUCAGAGGCAGAGCCAGACCUCGGGAUCAAAUGCUGGUCACUGAUUCUUCCAACAAUUCCAGGGCUCAGUCUCCUUCCCCCAGUGGUGGUGGUACUGAGUAUAAAAAUGAUGGUCCUGAGGAUAUGCGUAGCAGGAAGCGAAAAUACACAAUCCAAUGUUCAUAUUGUGGUGAGGAGGGCCACUCAAAAGAAACCUGUGACAAUGAGAGCCACAAGGCCCAGGUUUUUGAGAAUCUAAUCAUCCUGCAGGAGCUGACACAUACAGAGAUCAAAAGAGAUCCCUGGGAACACAAUGACUCCUCUGAGGCACAGUAA